AUGAUCCCCCUCUUGUUGCUGGCCCCCGUGCUGGCGGGCCAGACGAUCGCGGCGGACGCUCCUUUCUCCCUCCUCAAACGGCACCACGAUAGUGACAGCAAUGCCUUUAUUCCCGGCACUACCCCAGGCUGUCCAGCCAACUGGCCCAUGUGCGGCGACAGCGGCAUCUGCUAUAACCCUGAUGAAGGACAGACGUGUUGUCCAGGAGGUACCUACGCCUGCCCCUCCUCCUCUUACUGUUUCCUCGAACCCUACUGCUGCCCCGACAGCAUGGACGCGAAAGCCUGCGCUCGCGAAUACGGCCUCGCAUUGACAACCUCAUACCUCUCCAACCCCACUCACAGCAUCAAUCCGGACUUCCCUCCUCCACCUCCACCAACGCUCCCUCCGUCAACCAGCUCAGCGAGCAGCAUAACAAUCCGAUCGACACCCAUCCCAACACCCGCGUCAAGUGAUAUCGCGCCGUGGCCGUCAAUAAGCUUGGAGCCGACAACGUCUGUGGAGCAGGAGGAGCCGGAGUACACGGGGGCGGCGGCGGGUUUGAGUUCGAGGGGCGCCAAGGAGGUGGUCACCCUCGGCGCCAUUGUCUUCGGUCUCUUGAGAGAUCUCCUUUGA